UCGGAGGAAGCCAUGACAGUCUGAUGGGACAUAGAGCAUGCGGUGGCGGCUCGCUCCUGCUUUCGAACAUCAUUAUAAAACAUGCUGCACAAUCUCAGAGCUCGUUUUUAGCAGCCCUGCAUUAGACGGGCUGGCCUCUCUGCACCGACAAGCAAAUGCAUUAGGUAAAUUCAAAUAUUUUGCACGCUACAAUGGAUCCUCUCUCAAUAAUGCUUCCCAGGAAGAGGAGGCUGUACGCUUUCCUACUGUUCGCUGCAGUGUGGAGCCUGGCUUUGUCGGUUACAAGGUAUUCCAUCCCCGAAGAAAUCGAGGUGGGAUCCGUUAUUGCAAAUCUAGCCACAGAUCUUGGACUCGACAUUAGCAGCCUUGGAGAACGAAACGUGAAGCUCGAGAUCAUCCAAGACAUCAACAAGAGAUAUCUAGAUAUCAACAAAGAGACCGGGGAUUUGUUUAUUCUGGAAAAGAUAGACAGAGAAUAUCUGUGCCCGACAAAGACUGUAUCAUCUUGUUUUCUCAAAAUGGAUGUCAUAAUUGAGAAUCCGGUACGUAUAUUUAACGUUGAAUUAGAAAUUCUGGACAUAAAUGACAAUGCACCUCAGUUUAGGAGAGAAACAAUGCACUUAGAUAUUUCGGAGUCUGCGUCACCAGGUGAACGAUUCUCUAUUACAAACGCCGUAGAUAUGGACGUGGGCAAGAAUUCAAUUGAAACGUAUUAUUUAAGCCAGAGCGAACAUUUUACCAUUGACCUACAAUCGGGAAGUGAUGGGACCAAAUAUGUAGAUUUAGUUUUAAAAAAGGAGCUUGAUCGGGAAAAGCAGGCUAUUCACAAUCUCAUUCUGACAGCUGUAGACGGCGGGGACCCUCCGCGAUCCGGUACUGCCAGCAUUGUAGUUCAGAUUCUGGAUACGAAUGACAACGCCCCUCAAUUUGACAGGCAAGUUUACUCUGUCGACUUAAUUGAAAACGCAUCAGCCGGUACUUUAGUAAUGAAACUUAACGCAACCGAUAAGGACGAGGGUUCAAACGCAGAGCUGACAUAUUCGUACACUUUGUACACAUCCGAGAAGACCCAGGAGAAAUUUUCCUUAGAUUCGAACACAGGAGAAAUCAGAGUAAAAGGAGUGAUUGACUUUGAGGAGAUUAAAAGUUUUGAAAUGUACAUUGAAGCAAAAGACAAGGGUCAGCAACCUCUCUCUGGACAGUGUAAAAUACUGGUGUUUAUCACAGAUCUAAAUGACAACCAUCCUGAAAUUACAGUCAAAUCUCUGAAGAGGUCAAUAGAGGAAAAUGCUGCUGUAGGAACAGUGUUAGCGGUUGUGAGUGUAAGUGACAGAGAUUCCGGAGAUAAUGGUAAAGUGGAUUUAACCAUCCAUGAUAGAUUUAAUCUACCCUUCCUACUCAACAAGUCCUCUGAGGAGUAUUUUUCUUUGCUUGUGUCUGAACCUUUGGACCGUGAGAGAGUCGCCAAUUAUGACAUUACAUUUAAAGUGAAAGACAGGGGCACACCAUCUCUGUCCGACAAUGAGACAAUAAGAUUAGAAAUACUGGAUGUCAAUGACAACGUGCCCCAAUUCCCAGAGUCUUUCUACACUAUCCAUGUCAUGGAGAAUAAUGAGCCUGGGACACUGUUAAGCUCGCUCUCGGCGCAUGAUCCCGACCUGAACGAAAACCAGUAUCUUGUCUACUUCAUUAUGGAGAAGAUGAUUGCCAACACAUCCAUGUCCAUGCUUUUCUCAAUCAAUCCGGAGAAUGGUAACCUGUACGCACUCAAGACAUUUGACUAUGAGAGAGAGAGGGAGUAUCUGUUCCACAUCGAGGCAAGGGACUCUGGGGUUCCUCCACUGAGCAGCAAUGUGACCGUCCACAUCAUCAUCCUGGACCAGAAUGACAACACCCCACAAAUCGUGUCCCCCUGGAGUGCCAAAGGGACAGUCAUCGAGGAGGUCAUCCCCAGGUCCUUCGAGAAAGGUUCACUCCUCACCAAAGUCAUCGCUCUGGAUGCAGACUCCGUGCAGAACUCACGCAUUACCUAUCAGUUCCUCCAGGUGACGGACGCCACCCUGUUCAGCCUGAAUCAGUACAACGGUGAGGUGCGGACCACCCGCAUGUUCAGCUCCAGAGAUCCCCGCUACCAGCGACUGGUCAUCACCGCCAGGGACAACGGUGACCCUCCCCUCUCCGCCACGGUCACCAUAAAGAUCACCACUGUGGAGCAGGUGGUCACCGAAUUCUCAGAAACCACGGAGAUCCCUCUUCACUACGACCUUUUCACUGACUUAAAUCUGUACCUGGUCAUCGGCUUGGGGUCAGUGUCCUUCCUGCUGCUGAUCACCAUCCUGGUCAUAAUCGUGCUGAAGUGUCAGAAGCCCAAGCCGACCAAGCCGCCAUCCAACAGGAACAGCGUGGCCAGUCAGAGGAACUCCACCAUCGCCGACUCCACACUGAUCUCCAGCGAUGCCUACUGGUACAGCCUGUUCCUGGCCGAGACCCGGAAGGGUAAGGUGGUGGUGAGGCAGCCGCUGCCCAACGGCGCCGGCUACUUCGUGUCCAGCAUACCCAGGAGCAUGGCCCUUACGACGACCAGCGAAUCACGGUCCUCCACGUUACAGUACUCAAAAUGAAAGGAAGCCCAUUCUGCAGCUGGAGGAGUCAAGCAGCGACCUGCCAUGACCCCAAAAUGCCAGCUCUCUCUCUCUCUCUCUGUCUCUCUCUCUCUCUCUCCCUCUCUUUCUCUCUCACUCUGCACUAAGAUGACUUCCAUCCCCUCCAAUAAUGUCACAAAAAACUCUACUCUUCAUAUACCUGAAGGAGGAGCUCAGUGGACCUCUGAUAUGAGAGAGACAGUCAAACAGUUACCUCAGUAAGAUGAAAGAUGCCCUCAAUAUCUCCCAUCAAGCAUGAUGCUGCAUGGCAACAGCAGAAGCUGCAAACGUACAUUUGUAAAUACACAGGUAAUGCUUUGCAUGAAAUUUCCCUUAACUAACAUAAAUAACAUUGGGUUAAUUAACUUAUGAAUUGAAUGAUGUUAGUUCAGAGAUGCUGGAUGCACUGAUAGAAGCCAAUGUUUUAUUUAACAUAAAAAACAUAACCAGCAGAUGUUACCAUUCAAAAUAGUUAAUAAAUUCUGAAGGUUGGGGGUGGUUGGAUUCAUGUUAGUUAUUGGAGCAUUAAUGUAAAGCCUUACUUAUGUAUAUAUUUAAAGUGUUUCACCAAAAAAGAUGUACAUGCUGAGUCAUCUUAGGCAUACAGCUUUCAUAAUGCUUGACUGUAUCUAACAGACAGUGGUCACACAAAUGUGUAUUUUAACAUUUCUCCAUGUUUCACCAUAUUGUUUGUAAUGAUAAGUAUCAGAUUACAGUGAAAAUAUCAAAUCUGUACAAAUCCACAGGGUCUUAGGUCACAGCUUAUAGUUCUGUGACAAAUCUAUAAGAAGUGGUUCAUGAUUCCUAUACUAGUAGAUCAAGUAAUAGGAUUAUGAAUCACUAGCAGAAGCAUUUCAAACCUUUAAGGUUGCCCGGUGCUUGGCCAUACUGGUAGCCAUCUAGGUGUUGG